AUGGAAACGAACAACGCUCGCAUUUCUGCGCAGCUCGGAACAAAUCCUUUGCAAAUGAAUCAGCAAGACGAGCAGCAGCCAGAAAAUCUCCAACAACGUUUGACCGCGAACAAUGAUCCGAAUUUUCUCAACUUUGUGCGUACAGCCAUGUUGGUUGAAGAGCGCUUGCGUCAGAUUCAACAGCAAGCAAGCAAUGACCAACGGUUCCCCAUUGGACCGGGACCCGUAAUUCCAUAUAUGGACGACAGAAUUCCUCAUUGUUUGACCGAUGAUUCGAUGAGACGUGAAGUAUUCCUCAAUCAAUUAAAUGGAGAAUGUCCGGCUAUGAAUGUCAGAACUCAGCGACAAGUGAGAGGAGAUGGUCCGACUAUCGAUCAUGGAAUGUCGCAACGUUGGUUGGGAGAAGCUGCGUCAAUGAAUGGGAGAAUCCAGCAGCCGUGUUUUGGCGAACGUCACGAUCUUAAUGACCUAAUCAUGCAUCAAAUGAGAGGGGAUGACACAAAUACUAGUGGCAGAAUCCAGCAGCCAUUCAUGGGAGAACGCCAAGAGAUGAAUGGUGGAAUUCAACAACAAAUGAGAGGAGACGCGCCGCCUAUGGAGGGCUUAAUGCAAUCGCGUUGGAUCGCCACAGGUUCGCCAAUGAAUGGAAGAAUUCAGCAGCCGUUCAUGGGUGUACGUCAGGAAAUGAAUGACGGAAUUGCGCAGCUCAUGAUGAGAGAUAACCAGACAAUGAAUGGUGGAAUGCCGCAGCGCUGGAUGGGAGACGGACAGGCUAAUGGCAGAAUCUAUCGUCAGUUGGCCGAAACGCUGUCGGGAAUUGCACCAAUUCAGCAACAUUGGAUGGAAGAUGGGCGAGUCAGAGACAUACUCCAGCAGUUGUUGCAUCAUGGACCCGCGCGAGACGGCGGAACCCAACUGGAGUACGCAAGAAAUGGGAAUUCCACUGGGGUCAUGCUUAUCGGCGAAGAAACCCAUCAGCAAGACGAGAAGAGAGCGCCGCGUUACCCACCGCGUCCUGGGGAUAUCAAUGGACCAAAAAUCGAAUACCAUCCGGACUAUGUCGAUGGAUACUUCGACAAGGAUUUCGUCUACCGCAAAAGAAACUAA